AUGGAAUUAAGAGUUAUUGCGUUAUUGCUUUUCCUAUUUUCCAUUCAUCCUGUUGAGAGCUAUGCUUUGAAAAAAAAAUUUGCAUUUUUGUUCGGCCGUAAGUGGGCGCCCCAGAGGAACACGCAGCUACGGCUUAAAAUUAACGAUUUCAUUAAUUUUAAAGACAAGGAGGAGCUGAAAAAGGAAAUUGUGACUCAUGCGAGGAGAAUAUCCUUAGAUUUGAGUGACGAACAGAUAAAUAAUAUAGGAAACAAUUUAUAUGAGUUUUUUUCCUUUCUGAAGUUGAAGGAUAUAAGAAUAGGAGUACGACAGGGAAGGAGUGAACGAAGCGGGAAGCCAUUGCCACUAAGUUGGGAGGACAACAAAUAUGAAGAAUUUCACACACAAAAUAUGAGAAAGGAAGGAGAUUAUUAUGUUGAGGAUUCGAACAGUUACUCCAAUUAA